UUCUGGCGUGUGUGCGUGAUUCUUCUUUGGUUCGCAUAAAGCUAGGUCUUUUACGGGUUCUUGUUUUCACCGUAUCAUGGAUAGACAAAGAGGGGAUCGCUACGGCGGACACCCUGACGCUCCCCACUUCAUGGACUCUAGGCGUCUUUCUCCUCGCUCAUCUGAUGUUAUAAUUCCCCCACGAAGUAGCCCUAGUAGCUAUCGCGGCGGUUUCUCCUCCGGUGGAGAUGGCGGCCCCCAUUUCCGUCAAUUUGAAACUCCUAAGAACUUCCCUUCUGCUGGAGGAGCUGGAGGUGGAGGGUUCCGCCCAUUUGUCGGCGGCGGCGGUGGGUUUGAUUCCACUCCCCAGAUGCCUCCUCUAUCUGGCCAGAAACGAGGGUACCCCUUUCCCGUCCGAAGUGGAUCACCAGAUCGCAUGACUGGAGGAAACUUUGCGAAAGUCUUUGUUGGGUCUGUUCCUAGGACAGCCACGGAAGAAGAUAUACGACCCCUGUUUGAGGAAUUUGGAAAUGUUAUAGAGGUUGCUCUGAUCAGAGAUAAGAGAACUGGAGAACAACAAGGAUGUUGCUUUAUUAAAUAUCCCACAUCUGAAGAAGCCGAUAGAGCUAUAAAGGGUUUACAUAAUCAACGAAUAUUACCAGGGGGAACAGGUCCUAUCCAAGUCAGAUAUGCUGAUGGGGAAAGGCAACGUUUAGGUGCAGUUGAGUACAAAUUAUUUGUCGGAUCAAUGAAUAAACAAGCUACAGAAAAGGAAAUUGAAGAGAUUUUUUCACCUUAUGGCCGAGUUGAAGACGUUUACCUCAUGCGUGAUGAAAUGAAGCAGAGUCGUGGAUGUGGAUUUGUUAAGUUUGCAAGCAAUGAUAUGGCAUUGUCAGCCAUUAAUGCCCUAAAUGGAAAAUAUACUAUGAAUGGUUGGGAUCAGCCAUUGAUUGUGAGGUUUGCUGAUCCAAAGAGGCCUAAAUUGGGUGAAACAAGAGGUCCUGUAUUUGGGAGCCCUGAUCUUGGUCCUCGGUUCCAACCACCAGAAAUGAGACCAGUACCAAAUCUUGGGGAUGCCAUGCUUGAUCGGAUGCCACCAAAUUCCUGGCCUAACAUGAGUCCACAGGGUUUUCGACCAUCUCUAAAUAUGGGUAGGCAAGGGUUUGGAAAUCAGUUGCCUCCUCGAUCUGGUGACCCGACUAUGCCUUCAGCUAUGGGCGGUAACUUUGGUGGUCCUGCUGAUGGCCGAUUUCCAGUACCUGGAGUUGUGUCUUCUUCCCCGUCACAGCAGGGCGGUAACUUUGGAGGUCCUGCUGAUGGUCGAUUUCCAGUACCUGGAGUUGCGUCUUCUUCUCCUUCACAACAGGGCGGUAACUUUGGUGGUCCUGCUGAUGGCCGAUUUCCAGUACAUGGAAUAGUGUCUUCUUCUCCGUCAAAAACAUCUAAUGUAUCUCUCCCAAAACAUGGGCACGAGCAGAUUCCUCAACCUGUUGGUCAACAGCAUUUUGGUGGACAAUUGCCCGUUUCUCAGCCUCAAAUGCACCCAACUGUUCCAUCUUCUGCAGCAAAACAAGUUAAUUCUAAUAAUGUGCAGCAGUCACAUUCUUCCAUGCCAACUUCACAACAGCUGCCUGCUCCUCAUAUGCAGCAGAUGCCUCCUCAGCCAAUGCAACAGCCACCUUCUGAAUUUGCUCAAAGGCUGACUCAGCAGAGAGAGUCUCUGAACGCAAUCUAUCAGUCAUCUCAGCAGGCAUUUUCUCAGGUUCAACAACAAUUUCAGCUCAUGCAACCUUCCAGUCGAACUUUCAUGCCACAGCAGGCUUCUCAGGUCCCUAAACAACAACAGUCUCAAUGGACUGGAGUAAUGCCUCAGUCAACAGUCCUUGCUCCAACAAAGGAUGCACAUGCUGCUGUUUCUGCCAUUCCUGCAGUAUCCCAGACUGAAGCUCCAGCAAAAUGUCAGUGGACGGAACAUAAUUCGCCAGAUGGAUUCAAAUACUACUAUAACAGUACAACUGGCCAAAGCACUUGGGAAAAACCUGAGGAGCUGAGUCUGUUUGAGAAGCAACAACAGAAUUUAUCAUCAAUUCAAUUGCCUCAAACUCAAUAUCCUAAAGGUCCGUCAGGACAUCAAGCUGCUUCUCAGGCUGCACAACAGGUUCAACUUCAAAGUCAACCGUUAAUGCAACAAGUUUCUCAGCAGGCUGCACAUCAGGUUCAACUUCAAAGUCAACCAUUAAUGCAGCAAGGUUCUCAGCAGGCUUCACAAUACGUUCAACAUCAAACUCAACCACCGAUGCAGCAGCAGUUUCACAACUCUCAGUCACUGCAACAAAGAUCCUUACCAUCUCAGUAUCAGGUUUCCGGUGUUAUGGGACAUCAAAACAAUCAGGGAUCUCACUCUGCCCAGGAUUGGAUGUGGAGGAGUAAACCUUCAGGGGCAUGAUGUUGAAUGUCAAAGAAUUUGUGGUCAAGUGAAGAUGAUGCUGACUUAUCUGUGAAAUAGCCUGAGGUAGCCAAUAGUAGGGAUCUAUUAUUUAACUCAAACUUUUGCCAAUGGAAGCUUUUACUUAGUUUGCAUUGUUGGGAAAUUUAUUUGCGAAUUUUAUUUUUUACUGAGGCUUGGAAAUAAAUCUAUUCAUACUUUUGGACUCUUAGGGGAAUUAUAGGUACUUAGACAACGAAACCGCCCAGAAUGUUUUUUAUUUAAAUAGGUUAAAGUACAUUUUGAGUUAA